AAGAGUCUGGACUUGAAGGGGGGGGGAAAGAGUCUGGACUGGCAGGGGGGAAGUGUCCGGACUGGAAGGGGGGGAAAGAGUCUGGACUGGAAGGGGGGGAAAGCUUCCGGACUGGAAGGGGGGGUAGAAGUGUCCGGUAGGCAGGAAGGGGGUAGAAGUGCCCGGAAGGCAGGAAGGGGGUAGAAGUGCCCGGUAGGCAGGAAGGGGGUAGAAGUGUCCGGUAGGCAGGAAGGGGGUAGAAGUGUCCUGUAGGCAGGAAGGGGGUAGAAGUGUCCGGUAGGCAGGAAAGGGGUAGAAGUGCCCGGUAGGCAGGAAGGGGGUAGAAGUGCCCUG